AUGCCAGAUUUGAUGAUCAACAGGGGUACUAGUUCGACCACGGGAUCGGUGGCACAAGGACGCUGGCUUGAUCAGCAGCAGUAUCUAAUCGAGACCUAUCGUCAGAUUCGUGACAAUUUGGGGCAAAUGGAGGCCGAGAUUGAGGCAGCCAGACUUCGCGUAACCGACUGGAGUCGACAUCGACGUGAGCCAAGCCGUAGCCGUAGUUUGAGUCACGCUAGCAUCUCCACCAACACAAGUAGCCAUUGGAGUUGUAGUACAUUCGAGAGCAGCGGUACGGACACGUCCUGUUUGCAUAUACACACGGACAGUGGUUUGACUGGUUCUUCUUGUCCCUCCUCAUCCUCAUGUUCCUCUGCUUGUGGAAUCACCCUACCAGCAGCUGUGGCUGCCAGUCUGAAUGCGGCCACACUGAUAUCAGCCUUUCUAUCCGCAAGUGCAAAUGCUGGCGGUACCAAUGCUGCAACCACCCCGAAUACGGCUACAUCCAUACGAUCCGGGGAUGAUGCAUCACUAUCCGAACCAACAGAAUCCGUCACGUCUACCGGGACACAACCCCUAGGAGAAGAAGUUACUGCCUCUGUGAGAUCACAUGCUACUCGAAAGUCUUCAUACGACUCGGAAUAA